CAGCUUUACUGGACCUCAAGACAACCCGGAGAUAUCGCAUUUAUCUAUUACUCUUUCUUUUUUCUUUCUUUCUUUUUUUUAAGACAGACUAUUCGCCUUUGUUUUCACACAGCAGGACGCGCGCCUCCAUUUGUAACGACGGUUGCGUUGCGCUAACGGCUCUGAGACGCGAAAGCAAACGCGAUCUGCUAUGUGUCAUAGCGAAGUAAGGCAGUAAAUAAAAGGGGACACGUCCGUCUGAGAGGAAGAUGGUGAUCAUGGCUUCUCUACAUUUAUCCUCUAAAUGCCUGAAUGCGAUGGCCAUGUCCACGAUCACAGUCAAGCUCUUUCUAUGGUUUUUUUUAAUCGCUCAUCUUCCUUUAAGCUCUGUCCAGUUAGAAAGUGACGAUGAUGAAGUGACAAACAAAACUUGGGUUCUGACCCCCAAAGUGUACGAGAGCGAUGUCACACAUAUUUUAAACAGCUUACUAGACGGCUAUGAUAACAAGCUGCGGCCGGACAUAGGAGUCAAACCAACGGUGAUUCAUACAGACAUGUUUGUCAACAGUAUUGGUCCAGUCAAUGCCAUUAACAUGGAGUACACCAUUGACAUCUUCUUCGCUCAGACCUGGUAUGACAGACGGUUGAAGUUCAACAGCACUAUGAAGGUGCUUCGUCUCAAUAGCAACAUGGUCGGCAAAAUCUGGAUCCCUGACACAUUUUUCCGCAACUCAAAGAAGGCAGAUGCCCAUUGGAUCACCACACCCAAUCGGAUGCUUCGAAUAUGGAAUGAUGGGCGUAUACUGUACACUUUGAGGUUGACCAUCGAUGCAGAGUGCCAGCUUAAAUUGAAUAACUUCCCAAUGGAUGAACAUUCAUGUCCCCUGGAGUUCUCAAGCUAUGGUUACCCCAAGGAAGAGAUUGUAUACAAGUGGAAGCGCAGCUCCGUAGAGGUCGGGGACAUCCGCUCCUGGCGUCUGUACCAGUUCUCCUUCGUCGGCUUGAGAAACACCUCAGAGGUCGUCAGGACCGUGUCAGGAGAUUACGUGGUGCUGACGGUCUUCUUUGACUUGAGCAGGAGAAUGGGUUAUUUCACCAUCCAGACGUACAUCCCCUGUACUUUGAUUGUUGUCCUGUCCUGGGUCUCAUUUUGGAUUAACAAGGAUGCAGUGCCAGCCAGAACCUCUUUGGGAAUCACAACCGUGCUCACCAUGACCACACUGAGUACCAUCGCUAGGAAGUCCUUACCCAAAGUGUCGUACGUCACAGCUAUGGACCUGUUCGUAUCUGUGUGCUUCAUAUUUGUUUUCGCUGCUCUGAUUGAGUAUGGAACACUGCACUACUUUGUGAGCAACCGCAAACCCAGCAAAAACAAAGAUAAGAAGAAGAAGAAUCCUCUCCUCCGGCUCUUUUCCUCAAAGCAGGCCCCCACUGUGGACAUCCGCCCACGCUCGGCCACUGCCAUCCAGAUGAACAAUGCCACUCACAUGCAGGAGCGUGACGAGGAGUACGGGUAUGAAUGCCUGGACGGGAAGGACUGCACCAGCUUCUUCUGUUGCUUUGAGGACUGUCGCUCUGGAGCGUGGCGGCACGGGCGCUUGCACAUCCGCGUUACAAAGAUAGACUCUUACGCCCGCAUUUUCUUUCCUACUGCAUUCGGUCUAUUCAACCUAGUUUACUGGGUUUCCUAUCUGUAUCUCUAAAACAUCCCCUACAUUUGUUAGGCUGGCCUUAUUUUACGUUACAAAUUCCAGCGAGACCAUUUCUUCAAAACGUGAACCCACGUGAAAACAUUUAAGUUUGCGUUGUUUAUUUAUUUGUUUUUUCAGUUGCUAUGGUUUUUUAUGUGCGUGUGUAUUAGGAUGAUUUUGUGUGUUUACGUAAUAUGUGAGUUGUUGGUUUGUCUAUGUUUACAUUUUUUUCUAACAAGUAUAUCUUGUGGACAAAGCAAACGUUGUAGCAAAAAAUAAUAAUAAUAAUAAUAAUAAAAACAAAAAAUUACUAGAAGGGGCAAAGAACUUGAACCUGCAUUCUUGAGCUCACACCUGAAAUUUCCAGAAUCAUGUGGGGGCAAAAGGCCGAAAAAUGGAGGUACUGCAUGUCUACAUUUCCUAUUAGCCCCUAAUGAAUAAGCUCUUGCACAAAAGAGUUGAGAUUUUGGGAAACCAUAUCCAGACACAUGGCUGUCAGGCCUAUAUGAGAUAAAUCAUAUACAAAAAAACAAAACAAAAAAAAUCUUGACCUAGGAUUCUAGUUAUUUUUGCAUUCUUAAAAUAUCAAAUUUAAACAUUUAAGUGUUUCUAUGCCAUUUGUUGACUCUGGAGUUUUUUAAUGUGUGGUCACGGCUGGUUAAAUGUAUGGUCAUCUGUAUAAACACUGUAAAUAGUUGAAUACUGUAUAAUGUAGUGAUAUACAUCAUACUGCAUGCACCUUUCAGGCCAAAAAAGAGCAAAUAUUUAGAGUCUUCUAUUGUCAUCCAUUGAUAAAAGCAAAAAGGGUAAGGAAAGUUCAACUUGAACAUUUCACUAUACAUUUUCCAUAAUUUAUAACCACGUAAAGAUAUCUGUAAUUUAUAGAGGUACAACUACAUUGUUACAUGUACAAAAAUACUUAAGGACUGUUUUCAACAUUGCAUCCUGGAAAUUUGCUUUUUGACAUGAGUUUCCUGUCCAUACUUGGAUAGGUGUGGAAAAUACCUGUAAAAUAAUUAAUAACUAGACGGUAAUUCCAAUCAUCUCUCAGUACAAGUUGCUGGGUUGAGUAUUCUGAUACUGACAUACAGUUGCUCCAAAAGUAUUUGAACACUUAUUGUAAGUCACUCUUGCCAGAAUGUCAUUGCAUGAGAUUCAAAACAUCAAACCAAGUGGCAUGAAAAAUGCAGCUAUAGCAUUUCUCAGAACUAACUUCACUUUUCUGAGCCAGAUUUGCAAUGAUUUUUAGCAAAUGUUGCAGUGAUUUUAUUGGAUGCAUGAAGUCAGUUCCUUUCAAGUUUAAACAGGUGUCCUAACAAGAGUAACCACAGGUGUAGUAUAGCACAAUAUCAAGAACAAAAAUAUUUAUCAAACAAAUUGAAAAUAGUUUUAAUGGCUUGAAGGUUUUGCAAGUCCAACGGAAAAGACUGACAGACAGACAGACAGAUAGAUAAGUCAGUGUAGAUCCAUGGGAUUUUUGGCCACUUUGAAAGUCAGAUACAGGAAAACCAAAAGCGAGAUCAGUUAGAAAAGACAUAGCACACAAAGUCAGAGCAGCCUGAAGGUCUGUAGCAUUUUGCUGGAUGUAGCUUGAAAGCUCUAGGAAGAAUUUUGGGUAACUACAUAACCCUGGUUCCCUGAAAGUGGGGGACGAGAUGCUGUGACAGAAGCUGACGCUGUGGGAGAUCCUUCCAGGGGUGGUGAUGUUGAAACCUUAUUCAAUCACGCCUAUGCUGACGUCAUAGUGAGCAUUUAAGCGGGAGUCACCUUCAUACAUUCAGAAUUUUCCAUCUGAAGGAAGAAGACAUGUCUUAUUCCCUCAAAAGCUAAAAAUCAGGAGCUGCAGCAAAGCUACACAGUCGUCCCCUCUUUUCAGGGAGCCAGGGUUACAUAGGAACCAAGACGUUCCCUUUCAAGAAGGUAACUUUGACGCUGCAUCAAAAGCUGGUGCUGUGGGAGCCGUAUUCAGUCAGGCUGUAUCGCUGAUGUGAAAUGCCAACUAACCAUUUACAGGGUAGUCAAAAGCAUUGCUUUAGCCACUCCUUCAUAUAAAAAUAUAGGAAGUGAGGUGGGAACAAUAAACCAACACCUCGAUGUCAAGAUAGAGACACUAUCCAUUCUGGGUAGCGGGUCAAUAUCACAACACCUAUUCCUGGUCAGUGAAAUGAGGGGGGCAGAGCAGACACAAGGCCACGGGCUUGUUACCAUGACACUAGCCCAUAGGGCAGUGAACCAGUGGCUUUUGGCAAAUACUAGCCAACCAGGUAGUGGAACACUGGCACCUGUGCUUUCAUUCACACCACUGAGAAUGGAGAGACCAAUUUCUAAUACCAAUACUAACCAAUUGGUAAGUAAUCAACCUCUUCCUCUGUAAAGAUCUGGGAAGAGAGAGAAGAUACAUGCAGGUUAUAAAACAUGGCAAAGGUGUUAGGGAAAUCUCAACCCGCAGCCAGACAUACAGUAUGUGUUCUAGUGAUACGCCCUUUGCCCAUGCCCAGGAGGAAGCCAUACUCCUAGUCAAAUUAGCUUUUAUGCCCAUUGGGCAUUGUAUGCCUUGCGAGUCAAAAGCAAGCGCAAUAGCAUCUAUGAGCGACUGAGACAUUUAUGCUUGGAGAUGGCCAAGCCCUUUGUUACAUCCUCCCAAGCAAAAAGUAGUUGUUCUGAAUCGACUCGUUCAGUCAGUGUACAUGCAUAAUGCCCACACAGGGCAGAGCAUGUGUAACCUCUUAGCCUCGUCUGACUCAAAGGGAGGAGGAGAGAAUGUUUGUAGGGUAACAACCUGAGCCCAAAAGGAGGUUGCCAGCACUUGGGCACUUAACCUUCCCUGGGCUUGAGACUGAUCUUUGACAGACCUGGUCCGAACUCUACCCUGGAGUUAUUGACAGAAAGGCUUGAAGGUCCCCAAUACAUUUGACUAAUUCCAAAUCAAGUAGCAGCACAGUCUCCAAAGAGAGUAUGCAUAAGCUUACCACCUCUAGUGGCAUAAACGGAAACUCGUAAGCACAUUGAACACCAGCAAUAAGUUUGAGACCGGGAUGGUAGCGGGGUGAAAAAGGCUCCUAGCUGUCUCGUACCACACAUAAUUCUGCUGACCAAAAGGUGUUGCUUAUAGACAAGCCCUCAGAAGUCAUGAGUGAUCGUUAUAGUAGCGACAUAUACAGUACCUUGUGUGUCAUUGGAGAGAGUGCUGCAUCCAACCACUCUUAAAUAAAUGAUGGUAUCAUCUGCACAGGGCAAUGCUUUGGGUCCUCAUCCUGGGAGGAGCACGAUUCAGUAAAGUUGCUACUUAAAGGCAUUCAGCCACCUCAUUUAGGGUUCCUUGGUUACGACAACUCCAUUGUGUCAGACGAGCCCUAUUCAAAGGCCAGACAGGCGGUCUCUACAUCUCUGGCUGAGGAUGCCAGAUUGUGCCUUGAGUUUGCGAGAGUAGAUCUGACCUCAAAGAAAUUUUCCAUGUGGGAGAACCACAGCUCUACCACAUGGGGGACCAGUGGCUGUUGGGCCAUUUGGUGCAACUAGUAUCAAUGUUUCCUUGUCUUUUCGUAUCUCGCACAAUAAUCAAUGUAGCAAGCCGACAGGGGAAACACAUAUUUGUGUUUUACUGGCCAUCUGUGAGUUCAGGCAUCUAAGCCUGGUGGAACACACUGUCAACCAGCUAAUUGAGGGUGGAGUCUCCAUUCAAUCCAGUUGCAUUCUGACACUAGAGUAAACCUGCUCUGCUGUUCCGGGACGUCCUUCGCAUGUAGGAGACAUGACUCACUCCAGAAGAGAAUUUGGCUCUCUGGGUUCAAUAUUGGGCACUUUAACAGUAUUCUUCUUUGGCGAUUUAUGUGCCACAGAGUUUGUGCACCUUUCCAGGUGCCAAACGCCAGAUGUCUUUCGCACAGGACUCCCCAGCUUGUGUUGGACACGUCUGUUGAGACAACUACUGUAUACAUCUACCUGUUUUGGCAAGUGUCAACACCUUUCCGAUAAAACUCGGUUCUCCUCAGAAGCUAGUGUGGCUUAAUUGUAUCGCAUCACUAUGAGCUGAAUGGGACAGUGUUGCCAAGCAUGAUGAGGGACUCUUGUGCUAGUAUUUUUCUUCUUUUUGAACAUUAGAUCUAUUGUUUUAUAAUUUACUUUAAAACCAUACAAACUUACAUUUGUGAAAUUUACAUUUGUGUUUUGCUUGAAAGGUGUGCUCAUGCUAUUUUUGUUUAAAAUAAAUGACACCUACUUUGAUAUUUUGACAUUUUUAAGUGUGACUUAAAUGCACAAAUACUUAUAUGGGGUCACUGUAUGAAUGCAAGCCUACCAUGCAAAGCUGUCAUUUUUUCCAGAUGUAAAACAUUUCUAACAAAAUUAACUUAAGAUGGAGGCAAACUUCUAUAUGACACAGUAGUUUUCCUAUUGAAGAACCAUCUUGGUUUACUCAAAUGCUCAUACCACAAUAACAGGUUUUCAUCAAAGAAACAAACCAUUUCUACAUGCAUUUUUAUUAAAUUUUUUUGGUAAAAAACAUAAAAUGUCAUCAGUACAUUCUAUACUGUGCAUUUCACUUGAGAGAAAAAAGCUCUUAUUUCAGUGAAUUUUUGCAGUUUGCAAAAUGACAUUCAUGCAUGUAUUAUUUAAUUUUAUAUUUACAACAUUAGCAUUGCUAAUAACACACAUAGGGAACAAACAAAUUGCAAACUAUCUGAUUCAAACUAUCAGAUAUCACCCCUAUCUAUCCCACAAUAACAAUGCUUGUGUGCAUUUUUGGUCUAGAACACCAAAAACACUAACCAAUUGGACAAGCGCAACUGUUUGGUAGCAAAAACUACAGAUAAGCAAAAUGUUUCUGAUUAUUACCCAAUCUUGACCUGUAGAAUAUGCAAUAUAGCAAGACUACACAGUUACUGUAGUAAUUUUCAAACCCUAUGCAUUAACCUUAUAGCUUAGCACACUGGCAUUUAGUAUGAUUUUGCAUUUUGUGGAUAUGAAUGCAUCUUGAUCUGUUUGCAUCAUACACAUGAGCAUGGUUAAUUUUUGAUUAUUUUUUACUCAUAUUAAAAUGAGCUGCCAUAGUCUUUUAAAUAUCCUGUCUUGAUAAAUAUCAACUGUACCAUCAGCCCUCUGUAGAAUAACUUUGCUGUUAAGAAGCCUCCUACACAAAUUUCAGAGUUUGUAUCAUUUUGCACAUAAGAUUUUUUUUUUUUUUUUUUUUUUUGGCUGAGCUCAUUUUGUUUCUCUUUCAAAUCAAAUAGAUAGACUGGAUUUUUUUUCUCUCUGAAAUUAUUGCUCCUGAAAAUCAACAGCCAGAUCCCAGAGACAUCAUCAAGCCAUAAUAAAUGUUUUAAAGGUAAUGUUCAAUACGGAUUGCCAUUUGGUCUUUUGUACUUAUUUCAUUCCUCAUCUGGGUUAGCAAUAGGAACAGUGUGAAUGUGCAUAUCAUUUUAGUGCCAAACUAUGAAUCAUUUUGAAUUCUACCAACUUAAUGCCCUAUGUUUCACUAAUUAGCCCAUAUAUCUUUGCAGAUUGGUUGUAAAUGAAGUUAUACACCUCUGUCUUGUGUUGAAAUAUUUAUCUUGAUCUGAAUUUACAUAGUUUUAGAUCUAGGUUAUAAUUCUUGUAAAGGAAGAUAUAUUUCUUAUAUAACAUUGCUUUGAAAUGUUGAAAUUUGAUUUCAACUGGAAAUCAGUGUAAUACAGUUAAAUAAGAGAACUGGUUUAAGGUUUUACUACUACUGCAAGGCACUGCACAAGCUUCUUGCAUCAAAGAGUGUAAAAUAUAUGAAUAAAAAAUAAAUAAAAACAAUAUACCACAAGAAUAAAGAUGGGAAUGAUGAUUAAAUUAAGAUUUUAGAUCAAAGAGCAUUUUCUUUUCUUUUUCCUUUUUUUUAUUCAAGAUAUUGCAGUAUUUCUGUAAUUUCUGUAUUUAUUACAGUAUUUCAGAAUAUAACACCACAAAUCAUGUUAACAUAUAAAUCAGAUUUUCAUUGACCAAGAAUUAUUUUUUUUUUCUUUUUUCUUUUUUUCUUUUAUGAAACUUUUUCUUGUGUGUCUGUUGGUUGCUUAUUAACAUUAUUGACUUACAUUAGUUGUGAUGGUAUUUUUAUUUUGUUCAGUACAAAACCUGUAAAAUGUGUCCUCAGAGGUUUAUGUUUGGUAUUAUUGUCAGUUUAGCUACAGUUGAUUGUUGACAGAAAAUUAAUUUACAGACUAGGACAAUUGCAUUUGAAUUGCUGUACAUGGCAGUUUGGGCUUGCACAUAAUCAUAUUCAUAUGGAUAAAGUAUUGCAAAUGUCUAAAGCUGUCAGCUGUCCCUAAAGGCUGCUACCCUCAAUGUUUUUUUGUUUUGUUUUAUUUAUUUAUUUAUUUUUUCGUUUUAUGGAUUGCACAUAUAUGAUCAUACAUGUAUAAAAGUACAAAAUCUCACAAACUUGUGUUUUUUUAGUAACAACUACAAAAUUUGUGAAGAGCACAUGUAAAUAAUAUCUAUUGUUACAUAUUUUAUUGCAGUCUGGGAAACCAUAAAUCAUUUACCAUGCUUUUUUUGGCAGAACUGAGAAGCUGCACAGCAAAAAGAUUCAAAUUAAGUUGUUUGCUGUUCGCCAUCUCUAUAUAUUUAUGUGUAUAAAAAGGACACUGAUGUUAGGAUUUGCAUUAUAUACUUCUAUGUACUGAAAAUCCUUUUCAUAAAGGAAAUGCACAGAGCUGUGGAAUUUUUCAAUAAAAAAAAAAAAUUGCAUUUAUAAAGUGUAAAAAGUGUAAAGUGCAAAUAUAUUUCUUAUAUAAAAAGUAUUUUAAGGGAUCAUAUAGGUGAUAUGCCACAAUAUCCUUUAAAAACAGUGGGAUGAAUUCACUAAACAGUUGCGGCACUUCAGUGCGUAAACUUUUUUAUGAUUUCACCAUCUCUUACCAUUCUUACGACUUGUCAUGAGAAUGGGUUGGAUAAUGACCAAUUUACUGUACAUUAUCCAUCAUAUUACAUGGCUACUUCACAAACUAAUAAAUACAUGA